AUGGCAAGGUACUUUGAUGUUGUGGGUGGUGGUGCAAGAACAGCAGGUGAAGAAGGACUUGUGAUUAAUGGGUCUGGGUUCAUGAUCUAUAUUUGCAUGAUUGUUAUGUCCGGAUCGAUCAUGUCUAUGAUUAUCUUUGCUUGCGGAAAGCGUAACUCUGACAGAGAUAACAAGAAGCAAAAGAAGAAAAAGGAUGCCCCUGAUUUUGGUGAUUGUGACUGCAGCGACAGCUGCUUUUGUUUUGGUGGUAGUGGUGAUGGUGGCGGCGAUGGUGGUCACGGUCACGGUCAUAAUGACGGGGCUGGUGGUCAUGGUCACGGUCACGGUCACGGUCAUAAUGGCGGGGCUGGUGGUCACGGUCACGGUCACGGUCACGGUCACGGCCACGGUGGUGGUGGUUGCGGUGGUGGAGGUGGUGGUUGCGGUGGUGGCGGUGGUGUUUGA